AUGCUUCGCAUUCUUGCUCCCGCUGAUCUUGCAAAUGAUUUUGAAUCAAAUUUGCUAGCUGGGCUUUGUAUGAGCAUGAUUGAAGUAAUGAAUCUGACACGGGCAAAUUGCGAGCAAUCCGGUAGACGAGCAUCAGUAGGUGGAUCAAUAGGAAGAUUGGGCAGAAAAAGUCAAGUGCCAAGACCUUUUCCAGUUAUUACUGCACAAUCCUAUAUACCAGGCUCAGCUGGUGCCGCACUUGCGCGUGCACCACCUGUUGGAGGUAAUCCAUCGUCAGGCAUUCCUCCGAAUAUUUAUCCUCAACCGCCACCUGCUACUUUUCAACCGCCAAUGAAUCUAAACGCAGGACCUGGCUAUUACCCGCCACCAGGUCCUGUUCCUAUUUCUCGUCAAAGUCGAAAUCUUUUACCAGGUCAAGAUCCAUCUUACAGGCCACGAUUUCAUUCUCAAUCACAUAGUCGUCCUACGGUACGUGUUCAUCGACAUCGUUCGCGUCGUUGCCGGCCUGUCAUCCAUAUUAUCGAAUCUGACUCUUGUUCCUCACUAUCUACCUGUUCAUCCGUCAGUUCUUGUUCACCAUAUUACCGGCGAUCGUAUUCUUGCCCGAGACGUUCUGGAACAUGUCCACAACAACCUAUCAUUUUUCUACCUGUACAAUGUCGACAACAGCCAACUGCCAUUGUGAGUUCGAAUCAAGAUCAAGCACAACCAUGCAUUGUACCUUCGAUGCAAUUUCUACAAUCAAAUCUUGCUUUACCAUCGAUUUCAGCAAUGCAACCAUCUCUAUCCAUGCCACAAAUAGUAUCGGGUAGAAAACCACAACUGUAUCAAGCUGGUCCUAUCACAUACGUGCAAACAGCACCGAAAUUAUCUUCAUCGCAGCUACGCCCUAUACCGACACAGUCUCGUUCGAACAUACCACAACAAUCUGAUUUGGUUGAUAGUACAAAUACGAAGCAACCAAAUAUAAUCAAACCGAUCCCACGAGCAUGUUCAACGCAAGCUCUCCCGCAAAAUGAUAUGAAAUUUCGCCGAUAUGAAACUGACGGACAAGAAACAUUUUCCAAAGAAAAGCUAAACAUUGAAAAGCGACGAGAAACACAUUUUCCUUAA